UUAUAUUUAUCUUAUGUAAUUAUGAUGUAUAUAAAAAUUAUGAUGUUUAAAAAAGACAGCACGACCUCUCUCGUGUCAGUGGUGUUACUGAUAAACUCGCAGAAAUUUCAUUAUAAAGAUUUCAGAAUUUGCGUUUCAUGUUCUUUCUGAAAUAACAAUUUAUACAAAAGAAAAGUGUUGUAAUUGACGAAUCAUAAUGCAGGAAAAUUACGAAAAAUUAUGGGGAGGCCGUUUUAUGGAUAAUAUCGAUCCAAAAUUUCAUGAUUUGAACGCAUCGAUUAAUAUUGAUAAACGAAUGUAUGCAGAAGAUAUAGAGGGAAGUGUGGCAUAUGCAAAAGCAAUACGAUUGGCCAAUCUUCUCACAGAUGAAGAAUUACAAAUUAUACUGAAUGGUCUCAAACAAAUGAAAGCUGAAUGGGAAGAGGGUCGAUUCAUUAUACACAUCGAAGAUGAAGAUAUUCAUACUGCGAAUGAGCGUCGACUUACGGAAUUAAUCGGGGACGUUGCAAAGAAAUUACAUAUCGGAAGAAGUCGAAAUGAUCAAACUAUAACUGAUACAAAAUUAUGGCUUCGAAAAGCUAUAAACAUACUUUUAAAGAAAUUGAUGAAAUUCAUUCAGGUUCUUGUCGAUCGAGCUGAAAAUGAGAUAGAAAUUAUUAUGCCCGGAUACACUCACAUGCAACGUGCUCAACCAAUAAAAUGGAGUCAAUGGUUACUCAGCUACGCCUGGUAUGCUAAAGCAGAUAUUGAGAGAUUACAAGAAAUUCAAAAACGAGUAAACAUUUUGCCUUUGGGCAGUGGCGCAAUAGCUGGGAAUCCUUUUCAAAUUGAUCGACGUAUUCUGGCCAAUGAAUUGGAUUUUUCUGAAAUAACGGAGAAUAGCAUGUAUGCUAUAGGAGAUAGAGAUUUUGUUGUUGAGUUUCUUUUUUGGUCUUCAUUAACGGUAAUUCAUCUGAGUCGUCUUUGUGAGGAUUUGAUUAUUUAUAGCAGCGAAGAAUUCGGUUUCGUGAGAUUUGCUGAUCAAUUUUCUACAGGCAGUAGUUUGAUGCCUCAAAAACGUAAUCCUGAUUGUAUGGAAUUAAUUCGAGGAAAAGCUGGCACUUUACUUGGAAAAUGUAUGGGUUUCAUGACUACUUUGAAAGGAAUUCCGUCUACAUAUAACAAGGAUCUUCAAGAAGAUAAAGAAGCUAUAUUUUCUACAUUCGAUAUAUUAAACAAUAUACUUGUUAUUGCUACAAAUGCAAUAAAUACGCUUGAAAUAAAAAACAAUAAGUGCGAAAAAGCUCUAACAUCUACUAUGUUAGCAACUGAUAUGGCAUAUUAUCUUGUUCGAAAAGGGAUGCCGUUUAGAGAAGCUCAUUACUUAACUGGAAAAGUUGUUGCUCUGUCAGAAUUAUUAGAAGUACCUCUUUGUAAAUUGUCGCUUAAAAAUUUACAAUCUAUAAGUACUAAAUUUCAAAAAGAUGUGAGGCAAAUUUGGAAUUUUUCCAAUAGUGUUGAACAAUAUAAAGUUACAGGUGGAACCAGUACAAUAGCAUUAAUAGAACAAAUUAAUAAACUUCGAACUUUAUUGAAUAAUAAUUCUGUUUAAUAAAAAUAAAUAAUAAAAAAAUCAUUCAAAAUUAUUACGUAAUAAAGAUUAGAAAGCUGUCUGAUUUUUAUGAUUCUACUAA